AUGGCGGAGUUGCCGUCGCACGCUUCUCCGUACCUCGCGCCGCAACCCCUCCAUCCCAAUCGCCCUGGCGAAGGCUUCUCGCUCGAUACAAGCGUCGACUCUCGAUCGCCGGAGUCGGGAACAAGCCCUGUUUCGCACAACAAUGAGCACGAACACGACUCGACGCCGGCCCUCCCCGAAUCCAUCAUCUCCCCCACCUUCACCCCUCCCACGACGCCCGGAGGCACGUUGACCCUUCCCCAGAACGACAGGAUUCAUCAGCAGGACCUGAUAGACCACCGAGAGAAAGUUGGAUCGACCAAGGGGCCGAAACUGCUCGAACGCUUGCCCAAUGUCGAGUGUAUCGUGCGAGCCCGCAUCCCGACCACGACGGGCGCGGAGAUGUUCCUCCACCUCUAUAAGAACGAUGUGGACGACAAGGAGCACCUGGCCAUUGUCUUUGGGAACAACAUACGGUCCCGCAGUCUGGACCGCGUCCGCCCGGGCGAGACGGAGAUGGACCGCAUGAUCCGGGGCGCAUACGUGGGAAGGCUACAUCCCGGCCGAAUUCAUAGCCGGUAUGACAAUGACGAAUAUUAUAGGAGGUUGCAAUCGAAAGGGGAUUCAGGAGACCAGACAGACUCAGAAGAUUUGUCCCAACCUGGAGUCCAUCAGAACAAACCACGUCAGGCACCAUUGGUGAGGAUCCAUUCCGAGUGCUACACCGGUGAGACAGCAUGGUCAGCGCGGUGCGAUUGCGGCGAGCAGCUGGACGAGGCGGCACGGUUGAUGUCGACGCCUCCGGAGUUGCUAUCAGAGGGCGAUGAGAUUGAUAACGCCGCUGCUGGAGGGGCAGUCUCCUCCCCUAGCCAGAAGUCCGAAUCGCCGGGCGGAGUGAUCAUCUACCUGCGACAGGAAGGCCGGGGCAUUGGCCUGGGAGAGAAGCUGAAGGCCUACAAUCUGCAAGACCUGGGGUCGGACACGGUGGAGGCCAAUCUCCUCCUGCGACACCCGGCCGACGCGCGGAGCUAUGGUCUGGCGACGGCAAUGCUAGUCGACCUGGGCCUCGGGGCGGAUUCGUAUCCAGAGGGCAUCCGGCUGCUGACCAACAACCCGGACAAGAUUCGGGCGGUGGAGGGGCCGAAUCGGGAGGUCAUUGUCAAGGAACGAGUGCCGAUGAUCCCGCUGGCAUGGAGGACCGGUGGGAAGCGAGGGAUCCGGAGUGCCGAGAUCGAGGGGUAUUUACGAACGAAGAUUGGAAAGAUGGGCCAUAUGAUUCAUUAG